GUACCACGGUGGCUGGAAUCCGAGUUUAAGUUUCACUUACUGCCCUCAUUAUAAGGACUGGCUCUUGGACACGUUUAUAACAGACUUGCUUCAAAACUAUAUUCAAAAGAUAUAACUAGAACACCUCCCAAAGCGAUAUCGGAACAUAAUGUCCAACCCAGCGAACGGAAAAGAGGAAGAAGAGAUUCCUCCUCCUCAGCGCCCACCUUCACCUCCUCCGCACACAACUUUUGCAGCGAGAGGUCUUCAUGCACAAAACUUUCCAGCACACAAACCUCGCGACUUACGUAUACCGUCACCCCAGGCUAUGACCCAUGUAGCAUGGAGCUGCGACGGGAAACGACUGGCUGCUGUCGGUAUUGACAAGAUAACGCGCAUAUGGACUCCAGAAAAGAGUAUGGAAUUACGUGCUGCCACUCAUUUUUCGGGCGGCCAUUCAGACGACGUGGAUUACGUGUCGUGGAAUCCCACUCACCCUGAACUUUUCUGCACUUCAAGCCAGAAGGACCGACGGAUAGUAUUCUGGGAUGCACGACAGUCUCGAUACACUCAACAGGUUGCAUUGAAAGUAUCACCAGUUCAGACAAAUUACUCUCCAGAUGGAAAAUCACUCUUGUAUACGUCUGCUGGCCAUCAACUUUUCUUCAUGACUUUAGGAAAGGAAAACGGCGCGGCUAAAGAGCAAUGGCAGAUUUCGGAUAAAGACGGCACUAUUGUUGCAUCCACAGCCAUGUUCAAUCAUGCUGGAGAUGGUGUUAUAAUGACACAUCACUCAGAGCACACGCUUCGGAUCAUGGACUAUCCCUCGUUAGCCUUACGAGAAAGCCCAGCUGCUCACGUAGGUGGUUGCGUGGCGGUAGCGCUGGAUCCUCGCGGAAGGUACCUUGCAUCUGGGGGAUAUGAUUCGAUUGUCAACAUGUUCGACCUAAGUGAGUGGAUAUGUGCUCGAACAAUCACAUCUUGCGAAAAUGCCAUCAAUGCCCUGAGCUUCUCAUACGAUGGCGAAUAUCUGGCCAUCGCAAACGCGGGUACAUAUAUCGACAUUUGUGCAACUGAGACUGGUGCUCCUCUGCACCGUGUGCCAGCCUUGGCACCUUCGCCGACCGUGACAUGGCAUCCGUCAAAAUAUGUAUUCGCAUAUUGCGGUCAGACAAAAUUGAAGGAGGGCGGACCUCCUCCUAUCGCAGUGAUUAGUUUGUUUGGUGGCGGCAUUUGAAUCCAAUGUUUGUUAGAUUACACCGAACUAGAGUUAUUUCCACAUUUAAGAAAAAAACAUAAACUGCAUGUACGUAUAUGGAACGAUGGUCGCAUUGCAUAUUUAUUUAAAAAAACAAGCGCUUGAACAGAAAUGCAGACAUAUAGGUAACGGAUACUUAUCGGAUAUAAAAUGUGUGAUGGAGGCUAUCCAAAGCUUGGAACUUAUCACGUUUCAAAAUAAUGGGUUCUUCAGUUCUGAUCCGCUCCCAAGUCCCUUGGGCCACCUUAUAGAGCAAUACAGCGAUUCGUGGGGAGCACUUACCCCCCUCAUAAGGAGCUUCCUCGGUAAGAGGCAACAACAUCAAAUCACUUCCCACUUUCCGAGUCUUCGUCACAAUUUCUUCCAUCAUAUCGCUCCUGAAUGCUAUUUUGAUUCGUUGGUGCCCCAGGAGAUGUAGGCGCCAGCGGUGAAGUUUGGUUUUACCAUCAGAGGCAGUAGAAUAAGGCAAUCGCCACUUCGUGACACGGAUGGUAUCUGCCUUGAUUUGUAGACCGUUGUUCGUAAUCGUGAAGUGUGAUUCUGCCCGAGAGAUAAUCUCCCCUGCAUCGAUAAGAACUUCGACACGAACUGCACAAUGCAAGCACGUGUACCAGCAAGGAAUGCCGCCGCAGAAACACAGAAUUUUGGUAAAUAUACUCCGCUGGUGAACAUCAUAAGGUUCCAGCAUAUCACGAACGUCCUUUGGCGCGGGUCCUUGGAGAGCAUAGUAACGAGGGUGGGAAGCUAUCAUGCUGCAACGGUUGGAAGGUUUUCCAUGCCAAAUGAAGAUACCACUGUCACGAGUUAUCUCGAUGAUUUGUAUUUGGAGACGAUAAAAAGCUUCUUCGGCCCCUUCACCGUAGUUGAUGUCGAGGUGAACGGAGAAUAUACCCAAAAGGCAAUAAGCGAUAUCUUCAGGUCUAGUCGUCUUCCUGUGAGCAGCCCAAAUCAUUUUAUCUUGUAAGUCGGUUGGUCCCGGCUCGAAGGUUUUGAUCAAUGCUUCCUUGAUUCCCGUCACUUUCUCCAGGCUCUUCAAAACUUUACUGUUUUCUUUAUCGUUUUGAGAAGCAGGAUCGUCAGCAGAAACAGGGACCAAAACAUCCCAAUUCUGCAUGUAGAAUUUUAAUGUCUUUGGAGCCAGAAGCUCUUGCAAGGUCCAGCCUCUCUUGAACCACUCAUCCUCCCAUUUAUUUGACUGCUUGAUAACGUCGCGCGAUUUCGUUUCGGCCAUGUGAGCGAUACACAGAGAUGACUGGUUGUACCAUCGAAACAUCGAAUUGAUGGCUUCCUGCACUUCCGCACUACUCCUCUUGUCAAUGCAGCAUGUGUCGGACCAGGCCAAAUUAAAACCACUGGCUCGAGCCUUUUCACAGAAACUGGCCAGUUUCCUGAAUCCCGCCUUUGGCUGCUCUUCACCGGCUUCGCACAACUCUGAAAAUUUGUGAUCUUCGACAUGCUCAAAAAUAGGUUCAUCGGCGCCCCAUCGGUGAGAGAAGAUGGCAUAUCGAAGGUGGGGUUUGAUCCCCUUGAGAAUGAUGUUACUCCAAUUUUCCUUUGCGUCCUCCUCCAUAGUUUGAGCGUAUUCGUUCUUGACUUGUUUUAGGAUAUAAGCUAGAUCAGUUCUCUUGAUCAACUUAUUCUGUUUAAGAUCGAGGAGCC